ACGUUUAGUUAACCUAAUUCUCUUACAUCAGUUGUUUUUGCGUAUAUUUGCGAAAUUUUUGCUAAAAUACGGCUUAUUCGCUAAAAAUUGUGACAAAAGUACAAAAUGCCGAAGUAUUACUGUGAUUAUUGCGAUACCUACCUCACACACGACUCUCCAAGUGUUCGAAAAACGCAUUGCACUGGUCGUAAACAUAAGGACAAUGUGAAAUUUUAUUAUCAGAAGUGGAUGGAGGAGCAAGCACAGCACUUAAUUGAUGCCACAACAGCUGCCUUUAAAGCUGGUAAAAUAGCCAACAAUCCGUUUGCCCAAGCAGGUAAGGGGGUGGCCAUUCCACCCCCUGCACAACUUGUGGGACAAAGACCGCCAGGUGCUGCACCAGGGAUGAUGCCACCAGGAGGCCCUGUACCUCCUAUGAUGAUGGGACCUCACGGCCCUAUGCCUCACAUGAUGGGAAUGAGGCCUCCAAUGAUGGGAAUGAUGCCCAUGGGACAUCUUGGACCUGGACCUGUAAGGCCUCCAGUUGUUAAUGGACCACCAAAAUGAACAAUUGUGAAG